UUUUGAAAAAAGAGUAAGAGAUAUAGUCCACAAAGCUUUUUGGGAUUGCUUGGAAGCACAGUUAAAGGAAAAACCUCCAUCAUAUGAUCAUGCAAUUAAACUUGUAGGAGAAGUUAAAGAGACUCUCUUGUCUUUUUUGCUGCCUGGCCAUACUCGAUUAAGGAAUCAGAUUACUGAAGCUCUUGAUCUGGAGCUGAUAAAGCAGGAGGCUGAGAAUGAUGCCCUUGACAUUUCGAAGCUGGCAGAAUUCAUCAUUGGAAUGAUGGGGACACUCUGUGCUCCAUCGAGAGAUGAAGAAAUCCAGAAGUUGAAAGACAUUCGUGAAAUUGUUCCCCUGUUCAGAGCAAUUUUCUCUGUGUUGGAUUUGAUGAAAAUGGACAUGGCUAAUUUUGCUGUCACUAGCAUUAGGCCACAUUUAAUGCAGCAGUCAGUAGAAUAUGAAAGAAAGAAAUUUCAGGAACUGUAUGAAAAACAGCCAAAUUCCUUAGAUUUUGUGACUGAAUGGCUGCAAGAAGCCAUGGUUGAUCUACAAUCCAAAGUUGACUGUGCUAGUAAUAAUGAUGCUGCCUCUGCCAGUAGAAUUCCGGCACUGAGUCCUGUUGCUGUACAAAAUCAUGCAUAUAUCCAACUACUCAAGUGGAAUCAUCUGCAGAAGCCUUUUCCAGAAACUGUCUUAAUGGACCAAAGCCGUUUCCAGGAAAUGCAGCUGGAUUUGGACCAGCUUAUUCUAAUUGGUGCUAUUCUUCUGGUCACAUUCAAUGCAUCAGGCACAGCUCUUUCUGAUUUGCCAGCUUUUACGAAGGAACUCAAAAUGGCUAUCCAAGUAUUGCUGACAGGGCUACACCUUCCUUCCUUCAACUUGGAUGAAACUUUGGCUGUCGUAAGUGAAAAGAUUUGUGCUGAAGUUAACAGUUGCCUUUCCCAGCAUGGCUUCACACCAUUUACAUCUGAAAAAGUGAUUGUGCUUAAAGGACAAAUCCAGGCUCUUGCCAAUCCUGAUAAUGCUAUAUGCAAACUGAUAGAUUCAAGGAUCCAGUUGUUUUUAGAGAAUUACCUUGCUUGUCAUCAGAAAUCACCACCUCCUGUGAUUGGUGGAUUGGGGCCUAUUCAGAGAGAGCUGGAGGAGAUUGCUAUCAAGUAUAUUCGCCUUGUUGACUACAACAAGCUGGUUUUCAGUCCUUAUUAUGAUGAAAUUCUCAGCAAAAUAAUGAAUAAAGAGUUUUCUUAGCUGUGAAGAAAAUUGAAAAAUGCCAGGUCCACUUGUAUGCAGUCCCUCAACAAUAGGGCUUCAGUGUAGGGCCAGAAGGCUGUUUUAGUCUGCUUUUAUUCUUUUUUUGUCAAAAUUGUAGGGCUGGAAAACGAAAGAUUCCUCUAGAGACUAGUUGUUCAUUUAGGAUCCCUACAAUCAGUCAUGCCAUGCUCUACACUGUUCUGGGUCACCUCUCCCUACAACAGCCCACAGCUAUUCAGAGACUUCUCUUUAAAACAUUACCUGGGGCAGAUAUAUUCAUGCAUUUAGGGUAAAAUGCAGUAUCUCAAGAAUCGUGCUGAUCAUAUACUCCAAUUGGACUUUUUACAGAAGUCCCCAGCAUGGUUGGCUUGCAUCACCUCAUUCCACUUGUUCCUUUCAGACAGUAGUUUAGGAUUACAGAUAAAUUUAGGAAUCAAGUGAUUUGCUGUAUUCUGUCAAAGCAGAAUCAUACAUGGAAAAAAAUUGUGAAUCUAUGCUUGGAUAUUAUCGCUGGCUUAUUGUGGUUACCUUUCACCUAUUGAAAAAAUGUUUAAAGAAAUAGCUUUCCAAACACGUUUCCAAAUAAUUUAAUAACAGUGAUUAUUAUGUUAAAAUAUACAUAUUUUGGCUUGGUAUAUAACUUAUAAUAUAAUAAUAAUAUUAUAAUAUAACUUACAAUGGCCAUUGGCAACAUAUAAGGAUAAUUAUAAAAAGCAUCCUGUUUGCAUAACUCAAGUAUAUGCUAACAGGUUCAAAUAUAUGUGUGUUUGUGUGUGUGUGUGUGUGUGUGUGUAUUAUUUACAUACAUACAUAUACAUACGUACACAUACAUAUAGUUCUUAAAGCCUAUUCUAAAAUCUGCAACUUACAAAUUCCACAUAUUCAGCAUUUGAAUAUUGGUAGUUAAAGCACUUUAUAUAUAUUCUGCAAGUCAAGACUCUUUUGUGUUUCUGUGAGCCAUGGUUUUCUACAGCAUUUGUUUCUGUACCUGCAGAUACUUGGUCAAAAUCAUAUAUUUUUGUAGAGUUCCAGUUCUUUAUUUCCCUAUUCAUAAGAAUGCGGUUCUGUGGACUCAAAGAAGUGUUUUUGACUUGUGAGAACUCUUUUGAAAAGAGCGGUUUUUUAGUUUUCUAUUAAUGUAGAUUUUCUUUGCAAUAAAUAUGAGACCUUGAAUAAGAAUUUUUCACCAGAUAUAAUGAGAAAAUGUGAUGAAGUUUUAAACAUUAAGAAAGAAAUAAAAAUGAUAAUCUCAGAGAACAAUUAAAUAAUUUCCUAGUUUCUUAGUUUUCUAUUAAUGAAGUAUAAAAUGCUACUAAAUACAAGCAAACCUUUAUAAACUGAAGCAGUUGAGGAAGAUAAUUCCACUGAAUGUUACUGAAUAUCAUUUACACAAAAGUUUGGGAUUAAAAGAAAAUACAGAUUAAAGUCCUAGCUUGUAUCCUCCUUGCCAGUGAAAAUAUGAAACUUCCAGUUCAAUUGCAAUUUUAGUUGCAAAUAUUGGCAUUAGUGUGCUCAUCUAUCUUGGUCAGGGAUGUCAAACUCGAUUUCAUUGAGGCCCGCAUUAGGGUUGUGUUUGACUUGGACCAGGGUGGGCCUGGCUAGAGUGGGCAUAGCCAGCUCGACGUGGCUCAUGAUGUGUGGAGGCACGAGCACUCUGCCAGUGAAAAUGGGCUCCUGAGCUCCAUUUUUUGCUGCAAUGGCCUCCUGCAAUCCUCUGCCA